GUAUGUGUUCACCAUUGCAAGCUACCUGAUAGGUGUCUUCGUGUUUGCAACCAUUGUCGGUCAAGUUGGCAACGUCAUCAACAACAGGAAUGCCAGUAGGAUCGAGUUCGAAAGACUGCUGGAUGGCGCAAAGGUCUACAUGCAAACCCACAAUGUCCCACACAACCUGCAGAAGCGAGUACAGCGCUGGUACGACUACGUGUGGUCCAGAGGUAGACUCAACGGCUGCGACAUCAACUCCCUGGGUUUGCUACCCGACAAGUUAAAGACUGAACUUGCCAUUCAUGUUAAUCUAGAAACACUGAGAAAGGUAACCAUCUUCCAAGAAUGUCAGCCGGAGUUCCUCCAUGACCUGGUGCUCAAGAUGAAAGCUUACAUAUUCACCCCGGGAGAUCUCAUUUGUCGCAGAGGGGAGGUAGCUAGGGAGAUGUUCAUUAUUGCUGACGGGGUUGUUGAAAUUAUCAGUGAGACAGGUAUCAUGCUGAAGAGAAUGGGAGCCGGCGAUUUCUUUGGGGAAAUCGGAAUUCUCAACUUGGACGGCGGAAUUAACAGGCGGACUGCAGACGUCAGGUCGGUUGGGUACCUGGAACUCUUUGUUCUGUCCAGAGAGGACGUGCUGGAGGCUCUAAAGGACCACCCCGAGGCAGAGGCAGUUAUCAGAGACUACGGGCAACGGAGGCUGCGAGAGGUGGAAGCCCACAGGGUGAAGGUCAAGCCUUUCAGCAGCGAAACUGUGAACGAGCAGUCAACGAACAACACCUCAGCCGCGCCAGCAGUCCACAACCGGCUGCUGUACACCCUCAAGAGCCUUAACUCCGUUAUGAGGCGACAGAGCUCGCAAGCAACAUCCAAGCCAGUGUCUCCCCCGGCUGCCAGCUCCUCAGAUAUCCACAGGUGCGUAACUUUCAAAGAAUCGCCCGCCAAGAGUUUAGAUAACUCAAGGUCCAGCACCCAGGGUGGACUGGCUAUUGUCUCUGUUGAUAAGCCAGUCUACUCUACUGGGGUCUUGUCCAAUCGGUUUUCAGAAAGUUCCAGGCAAGGAAGAACAGGGUUCGGGUACUUGCAAGCAGCUCUAUCCAAGUUUAGAAAAUCUUUCAACCGAAGGAGGAAUAAAAAACGCAGUUUGAGUAUUUCGGACUCUCCGAGGCGGAAGAGUACGGAAAAUCGGCUGCUACUAAAAUCGGUUGACGAUCGGUCAGUGACGGUAGAUUUGAGAACGUACCCCAGCUCAUUCAAACCUGGCGGCCAAGUGACCGUUAACUUAGAGACCCUACCUAGGAGAGAUAUCUACGUGCGAGAUUCUGAAAAGGCACCCAGUUUAGGCUGGGGUACUGAAAGUGCCAAUAAUACAACGACAUACAUCGGCGCAGAUAGAAUUCCGCUGUUAGAAUUUGGCAUAGAGAAUUCGAAUAUUGGGGAACUAGUUCUAGACAGAUCUGCAGAUAGAAAGUACUCACAGUCUGAAUCCUAUAAUCAGGGGUCAGGUAAUGAUUUCGACGACAAGAAUUCACCUGGAAGUCAGUCAAAGGGCGAUACCAACACUGGAGAACCCCGACCUCAGAUAAUUUUAGGCGUGAGCAAAAUAAAUACGAUAUUACAAAACGAAACAAUGGAAUUUGAAAGGGAUAAAACUCUCGCAGAUUCAUUUCACAAUAGUGGAAAAGGGGGUAGAGUGAGGUCUUUCAGUGUUUUUAACAACAGUAGUCUCCCUUUAAAUGUUUCACAUAACAUUCCAAAUUCUAGUUUAAAACAUAAAGGGAGCUUUGAUAAGUUCUUAACAAACGGUCAGUUAAACCGCAUUUCGUUUAGUGAUAAUGUAAAUUCAAUAACGCACACAAAUUCCAUGUUAGAAAACUGUUCGACCUUCCUGCCAGUUGAACAAAUGGUAAGUCCGCGUAUGCCAGAACCUGGUUUCCAGGAUUCGACUAUUUCCGGGAAAAUGAGAACCCGUUCGUUGUGUUUAUCGCCAAAGAGAGCUGUUCGUUUUUCUCCAACACUUGAAAACGGAGGGCAAGAUGUGCUGCUGUUAACCCAACACGACAACCGCUCAGACCAGAUCGGGUUUGCAAGAAGAAACCCAACAGCAGAAGAACUAAAUUCAAACAAUAAUUCAACAGAAUUUUCCUUCAAAACUGAUACUGAUGAUAAGCAAGAUACCAAGAAUACAAGAUGUCUGCUUUCGGCGUCACCAGUUCAUUAUUUUCUUUCGCGCCAACUUCCAGCAUCUGAUGAUCUUAAGAAGGUAGGCCGCAUCCUUGAGUCAGUCUCCCUUAAACCGUGCCUUGUUAGGAGCAAUCCAGAAUCUGGCGGAGACAUUUCCAGCAUUAGGGCCUCCUCAAGAUAUGAGGCUAUUCCCAAGGUUAUGUCACUCAACAGCGAUGACUCGAGCAAGAUGGCUAGGCAUUUGGUAGUUCUACCCCCCACCCCUCUCCCCCUCAUAGUAGCACUCUCCCUUCAAGCCAAGCCUGCAACAGAAAGUGUGCAAAUAAUCAGCUCGCUA